AUGGGGGGGACCAUGACAACGCUUCGAUCAAAGAAUGGUCUGCCGGAUCUCAACUGGAAGAAUGUGUAUGAAGCUGCCACGACCUCCUCCACACCUGAGCUCCUCUCGCUGCUCCAUGGCCUGGCGCUUGAGCACGGCACACCGUCUCUGAUCAACAUCGGCCUGGUUCCCGUCGAGGGCGCUUUCAUCGACAUCGACCCGCUCGUCUGGGUGCGCCACGUCCAACAUGUUGCCGACAUGAAGGCGGACCCAAACUCUGGCUUCGACGUGCGGCAGGUGGAAAGCUUCGUGUCGUCGCUGCUGAAUGGCGCCUUACAGCGCUACGCCAGCUUGUGCUUCGUGGGCGCCGUGCUUGGAAUGAGCAAGGAUCAGCGACAGCUGUCGUUCUCCCGGCGCCUGGCGCUCUUCCGGGCGCUGCUGGCACUGCCUGGCUUCCGUAGGCUGGCAGGCAGCGAGGGGAAACUUCAGGAGACCUGGGACAUCUGCGCCCAGAGCGUAACUGCAGAUGACCCGCGUUUCUUGGGCUGGCUACUGGCGUGCGCAGGGGCGGCAGAGCCGGAGACAGGUACGGCCCAAGGGCCAGCGGUCAUCGCCGCCCGGCGUGCGAUCAAAUCGCAGCAAAGGAUGUGGACGCGCACUCUAUGCGGUUUCCGGGGUGGUGCACCCCAGCUGCCACAGCGGCUCGGGCCCUUGGUGAUGGAGUACCUCGGUGCGCCCUGCCUCGCCGAGAGCACGGUUGGGCAUCGCAAGGCUGGCGAGUGUGUGCUGAUGUAA